UGAAAGGAUUGGGCAUUGGCCUUGGGGUAAGCCGUCCUCUUCGCUGUAACUUCUCGAGUCAUCUUACUGUUCAUCCGGCCUCGUCUAGCGAGAGCGACACUGAGCAUUUGCUAUAAUUUUUCCAUCUGUCGAGUUAAUUGGUUCGUUUGCGUGUAGUUACUGCUGCUUUCUCACCUAUAACGCCGCCACGGAGGUUCAAUGAGUCUAGCUUAUUAUCCGCUCACCCGCCACACUCCGCACCCCAACCGUCACCUUUAGUUCUCUGAAACUUUCACUAACACCCCCACAUAAUCAAACCCUUUUUCUUUGAAAAUGAAAAUGACUUGCCGAUACGUGAAGCGACUGCUGCAUAAUAUAUGAACAUGAGUCUCUGGUUAAUGGUUAUGUUGCUUGGAUGAUGAGUUCCGCAAGAUUAAAGCACCUCAUGUCUGAUGUUAUAAAACAUGAAGCCCCUUUGAAAAGAAAGCUGCUUUGCCCUACAGCAAUCGCUUUAAUCAUGUUGGCAUUAGUAUUUCAUCUGGACAGGGUCAUGCGGCAAAUCUUAAACACCCUGCUCUUCAACAGACUUGCUGUAUAUUUUUUGCUGCAAUAUUGUGCUAAAGGGCUUCUCAAUAAAGAGGAACCAUAUUGGAAGUACAUGCACGGUAUUGUUAACUGGAAUCAACUGCAUAGGUCAAUAGCAGAUAAGGUUGAAGGAGGUGAACUUAAAAAAAUGGACAAAACACCUGAACCUUCUCUCGAUAAGAAGAUAGACAACAAUAUCUGGGUUAGCAAAUACAGUUCUGAUGGUGAAGAUCCAGCUGAUAGUAAGUGGAAGUUAGAGCUGGCUUGGCUCACAAAGGCACUGGAACCAGCUCUGCAAUUGUGUAGGUGGGCUCUGCCAACAGAAUACGCAGGAGAUGAAAAUUGUAGAAGUGGAAGCAAUCCUCCACCAAGCAACCGAUCCCUUUUGGAAAUAAUUAGUAGGAUCCAACGAAGCAAGGUUGGAAUCCAGGAUUGGAGCUUGAGUGACCUUACAAUUGGCCUGUAUCUUGUAUAUCUUCGUCAAGCUUCUGGAAAUGCAUUUGAAGAUAUCAAAGGAAUCCAGAUCUUAUCGGAAUCAAUAGUCCAAGAUCUUAUAUACUACCUUGAAUUGGCUAAAGGUGCUUAUAGGGAUAAUGCUGCUGGUAUUGCAAGGAACAGCAUGCUCCGAGAAAGCAAUGUUUUGAAGUUUGUUAAAAGUUCCAGUGUUAUGAGGCCUGGCUAUUAUAUAGGGGUUGAUACCCGUAAGAAACUUGUUAUUUUUUGCAUUCGUGGAACCCAAACUGUUUCUGACCUUAUCACUGAUGUUGUUUCCUCAAGUGAUGGUGAAGUCACCUUUGAGGGCUAUUCAACCCACUUUGGAACUGCUGAAUCUGCUCGUUGGUUUCUUUAUCAUGAGAUUGGAACCAUAAGGCAAUGUUUGGAGAAACAUAAGGGAUUUAGGGUAAGACUGGUGGGUCAUUCUCUUGGAGGUGCUAUAGCUUCCUUAUUAGCGAUAAUGAUGCACAGAAGGUCAUCUAAGGAGCUCGGUUUUAGCCCUGAUAUUGUAUCUGCUAUUGGAUUUGGUACUCCACCAUGUGUCUCUGCAGAACUUGCUGAAAGCUGCUCUAGCUACGUAACAACAGUUGUCAUGCAGGAUGACAUUAUACCUAGGUUAAGUGUAGCUUCCCUAACAAGGUUGAGAAAUGAAAUUCUUCAAACUGAUUGGAUGAGUAUGAUUGAGAAAGAAGACUGGAAAAGCGUCAUAGAUUUGGUUACAAAUGCUAAGCAGGUUGUUUUGUCAGUUCAAGAUGUAGCUCGCAAAUUUGUUGAUUAUGCAAAUUUCAGGAGAAACAAAAGUUUAACUGAUGCUGCCAUAGGCAAGGAGUUGCCAGUUGCUCCUGGAGCCCUUGUGGAUAGGAAGGAGACUUCUAUUGCCCUGAAAACUGGGGGAGACGAGUCUAAAGUACAUGAGGAAUUAUUCAUACCCGGGAUCGUUUACUGUCUACAAAGGAACAUGGGCUCCCAAACUGAUGGUGGAAAGCAAUAUUUCACCCUACUGAAGAGGCAUCCUGGUGAGCAUUUCCAGAGGAUAAUCCUUUCAAGCAACUUGAUCUCAGACCACAAAUGCGAUAGCCAUUACUAUGCUUUAAGAGAUGUACUUAAAGGGUUGCCUUGGAGUGGUGAGGAAGGUAUUUUCAAAUAAUGAACCUUUUCUCUUUAAUUUUUAAUUUUAAUUUUAAUUUUUUUUUUGGGGGUGAUGCUGCUAGAAUUUUAAAAUAUAGAUGGUGGCUUUGCAGUCUUGUAGUCAGAAAUCAGAUUAGGAGUUAGGGACGGCUUAGUAUAGCAAGUUUGUUAGUUGAUUGAUGACUUGAUGUAAACAAAAAGGAAUAAUAAUGGAUAAUUGUGCCUAUUCUUUUGCCUCAA